AUGGCAAUGGGAAAAACCCAAUGGUUCCAUUUGCCUCUGCGGGUAACUGGUUGGGUGUGCGAAUGGGAAUCUUACAGAAUCCUAAUUUUUCCCAAAGUGGUGCGUUCACUUGAAAAUGAGCACAUUAACACUAUUGCAUGUGCAUCGGUCGGCUGGUCGCCAUGUAUAAUGCAUGCAUGCUUUGUUUCGACUGCGUGCAGGAGGGGGAGGGACAAAGCGCAGACGAAAGAGGCGACAUUUGCAGGAGAAACUGUUGAAGUGGCCGAGGAGCUGCUUCGGCCAUGA